GUUAUCUAAACCAUUCUACAACAGAUUGGCGACAACACCAAAAACCGGAGCUCCAAGAGAGCGCUCUGGAAGGUUUUAGCUCGGCUUUGCAAAUCGUGGCCAGGCAAGGCCUUUAAGUCUGGAUCUGAGCAGUGGGACCAUGAGGUCUGCAGCGUACCUGCUUGUGGCGCUUCUUGCUUGUGCGAGCCUGAGGAGCCUGGUCGCGCAAGAGGCUGGAGAGGCUUACGAUGUCAACAAGGAGCUUGAAAAGCUAAAGGGGUGGAAGCACUAUCUGCAGAGCGAGCUCGACAAGGCAAAUGCCGCCCUGAAAACUGAGCAGGACAAGACCGCGCAGCUCACGCAGCAGCUCACGGACGCGAACGCCAGGGCGACCGCUGCUGCCGGCGCUGCAGAUGCCACUGCAAAGGUCAACGAGCUCACCGCAAAGGUCGCAGAGCUGACCCAGCAGCUCACCGCCGCCACCACUCGUGCCACCACCGCUGAGGCCCAGGCCACGGCCGCGGCCACCGCCCAGAAGCAGGCCGCGGACGCGCAGGUCACCAUCGCGCAGCUGCAGAAGGACGCCGCGGAUGCAAAGGCCAAGGUUGCUGAGCUGGAUGCCAAGCUGGCGGCGCAGGUGCAGGCAGCUGCUGCGGCUAACGGCGAGGCCAACGUGCUGCGCACCAAGCUGGCGGAGCAGGCGGCGAAGGCUGAGGCUGCGGUGGUGGAGCGCCAGACGCUGGAGGCGCGCGUCGCGGAGCUGGCCAACGCAACUGCCAAGGCCGGCGGCCUCCGCGGCCACGCUCUGGCCAUCUACGACAUCCUGGUGGACGAGGCCGCCAAGCACCGCGACGUCGCCAUCAACUACGCCAAUGACAAGCUGCCCGGCCUCAAGGCCAAGAUCACGGAGGUGCACGCCCAGGUGUCAGCGCAGCUGCCCAAGGUGAACGUGACGGAGCACGUGGGCGCCUUCGUGGGCCACGUGGAUGGCGAGAUCCGCCCCUGGCUGGCGCAGACGCUGUCGGCGGUGCCUCAGCUGAAGAAGUACGGCGACGACCCCGUGGCUCUGCAGGCCAUCGUGUACUGCAUCAUCGGCGCGCCGGUGGUGCUGCUGUUCUCGCUGCUGCUAUCGUGCUGCUGCCGCUCGGGUCAUCGUGCUGAGCCGGACGCCCCGGCUACCGUGGGCGGCAAGCGGAAGGUCGGCAAGGGCAAGGCGAAGCAGGGCUGAUGGGGCGGCCCACGGGACGCUUAUGCACACAAUAAAGACGACGACUCGUGGACACCAAAUGACGCGUACGGGUACUACGACCAGGCGGGCGGAGGCGGCGGGCCAGCAGCAGGGGCACUAGCGGUGCCAGCUCACCUACAGUUCCAGCACUUGCCAGGCACGAGCUCUCUGCCCCCAGGAUUUUCAGUAGGAGACAGACUAGAUGCACUAGGGGCAGCGAACGGCGGCGGCGGCGCGACCGGUACCCACAGCGGUGCCGCCGCGUUCGCAGCGGCGUACCGCAGCGGCUACCGCCCUUCAUCGGAGCGGCAGUUCCGCACGAUGCCAGGGUCGGCUGCGCAGCAGGAGGCAACGGCGACGGUGGUCAGCUCUCGUCGGACGUCAGACCUCCUGUGGAGGAGAGCUGCGGGGCCGUUGGGGCCCCUGGAUCUGCAGCGGGCGAGAGCAUCAGACGCGUACGAAGCAGUCGACUCGCCGGUGUAGGAAGGGGGUUGCUCUAUGGACACCGUGUGGGUGCCUGUCGACUGAUAGAAUGGGCUGCUGGACCUUGUAGCCUGAAAGCUCCAUGUAUUGCUCUGGAGGCGGUAGGGAGGGCAGAGAGGCUAGUGCUGGGUAUUGUAGGCAGUUGGGCGGGAGAGAAGUGCUGAGCGUGCGCAGGUAGGGUAGACACCGCUCCCCUCUCGCUGUGGGGAUGGUUGUGAGGUUUGGCCGCUGCCUGGUAUUGGACUCUUGGGGUGCCUCGACAAACAUGGCGCUUUGGAUUCCGCGUAUCGAGUUUCAGACGGUUCUGGUCAAGAGACGAAUUGUCAGAGUCGUGUGCAUGGGCGCCCGUGGGCGCUGCUGGCUCCGCCGCUGCGGCGGAUGAGUUAUGAGGGCAUAGACCGGUGAGCAAACAGGCGAUAAUGUUGCGGUGAUGGUGGGCAGUGCGCAUUGGCAAAGCGCGGUUAAGCAACAGGUAUCAAGGCCUUCGCCGGCGACUUCCUCAGGGCCUCAUGUAAACAGGAAUGCCC